UAAAACUAAGUAGUGUAGGACCAAAAUAUACAUAUUUUGAUUUAAAGGGUUACUAUACGAUAAGUCAAGAAAGGAAAGCAACCCAACCGGAUAGCCUAGAUUUCGUCAAAAAGAAGAAUGAGAAGGACAAGACAUGUCUUGUGAGGAGUGACUUGUGAUUCGCGUGUUAAACCAAGGCAAAGAAAGGAAAGUAAAAGAGAAAAAAAAAUGCUUCCACUAAAGCUGGUUCGUUCUCUGGUGUUAGGGGAAACCAUCAACCACAACCCUCACAUGCUAACCCAAAAUCAUCACCAUCACAACACGCAUGAUGAUGAUGAUAGUAUUGAUGAUGAAAGCAAUGUAGCACAUGACACAUCACAACCCAACCAUGAAAGAAGAAGAAGGAGAAGGAGAAGAAGAAGAAGAAGAAACAAAACCCCAUGUCUUAUAUUUCUUCCAACAAAAGAGAUCAUAAGGGACACAUAUAGGCUUGCAACCAUCGCAAGAGACUUGGGCAUGGACUUGUACCCUACACCAUCACUUUCCCACAUCAUCUUCUCUAACCCUUCAUCCACAACACCAUCAUCAUCAUCCCCUUCAACCCUAUCUACAUGUUCCUUCUCUGCCUCCUCUUCCUCCUUCUCUCUCCUAAACGACGCCGUUCCCAUCCCCUUCCCUUUACUCUCCGCAACCCCACUCACCCACCUUCGUUACUUUGUGACCCUUUCCCCACGCGCCUUCAAGAUCGUCCUUUUCGAUUCCGACCACCACCCACACGCCGCCGGCAACGUCAGCAACUGGGAUUGCUGCUCCGUUUCGCUCUACUCGCGGGUCACCGGCGUUCGGGUCGACACCAUGGAAGGGUUUUGCCGAAUUCUCGCCGGAAAAGGUUGGACCUUUUUCAAAACCAAGAAAAACCCAUCUCCGGAUCAGCUCCGGCGCGGUGGCGGCGGCGGUUUUUACCUGUUCAGAAAGGUGGAUGUGAACCGAGUUCGGGUGGGUCGGGUCGGUGGUGUUGGACCCGAUGGGGCAUGUAGGGUUAGUGAACUGAGGUUGCCUCACUUGGAUUUUGGAAAUGCUCCUUUGAGGAUUUUGCAGUAUAUUUUGUUGAUGACUGAUGAUAUCUUCUGUUUGGCAUGAAAUUGAUGAUGAUGAUGACAAGAGAUGGACAACAAAUAGGCCGCAUCUGCUGCAAUAUGUUGAAGUGAUAUUGGGGAAAUGAUUCAAACUGUUUAUCCCAUCCUUUCUUGUGUUGUGUAUUGGAUUGGAUUCUUGAUGAUGUUUAUCCUCUUGAUGGUGAAGGAAGUGGAAUUGAAAAGAUUUCCAUGGAGACGUAAAAG